AUGAACUGGCAGGUGACUUACUCCAAGCGCCGCAAAGGGCUCUUCAAGAAGGCCAACGAACUCAUCAUCCUCUGCGACGCCAAAGUCUCCAACACCGGCAAACUCCACGAGUUCAUCAACCCCGCCGCCACGUCAGUCUACCUCACCUCUACUUUCAUUCAAUCUCUCCCUUCCUCUCUCCGAAACCCUAGAUUCCCGAUUCCAGAUGAGAGCAAGCUGAAUUGGAGUUUAUCAGUCUUCGUCUUUGUCUCAGAAGUUUCAAUCCAAGAUUGGAUCGAACAACUUUUCAAUCUCAUUGAGCUGAGGUCGGAUUUUUGCUUUUGUUUUUGUUUGUGUGGUUUGGUUGGUAGCGCAGAAUCACAGUGA